AUGAUGAUCGUUAUUCUUCGCUCCUUGCGCUUGGCAAUCGCAAGCGUUUGUCUACUUGCUGUCGUUGCAGACCAGGCUUAUAAUGAUCGACCAUCAUUCAGUGAAUUUGAGGUUGAAUUGUGUGACAUGCCAUGCCAAAAUAAUGGCAACUGCGUUGCGUUUGACUUGGACAAUGACGGAGUUUUGGAUCCUCAGUGCCUCUGCAACACGACUUUUCAAGGAGACUUAUGCGAGACUCCGCGAUCUUGUUCCCUUGCGUGCGAGAAUGGCGGGACGUGCAGCUUGGGAGAUGCUUGGUGGCUUAUGGGAGAAGAUGGUUCGUUGGGAUUUAUAAAGGAAAUACUCUAUGGGUGCUCUUUUGAGGGCGUGAGAUGCGAAUUUCCGCCUCCCGGCAUGGAUGAACGCUGCGAUUGUUCUUUUGGAACAAACGGGCCUCUGUGUGAGAAUACAUGCGAUGUUGCCUGUGAAAAUGGUGGUGAAUGUAUCUUCGCGGGAUCGGAACAACGUUGCCGGUGUGCUGAAAAUUUCUAUGGCGAUCAAUGUGAGAAUGUAUGCAGCAAGAGCUGCUUGAACGAUGGUUUUUGCCUUGGAUACCCUUCCAGCGAAGCCGCUGGUGGAUUUGAAGAACAAUGCCUUUGUCGUGCUGGAUUUGAAGGCGAGCAAUGCGAGACUGUAACGCCAUGCUCAAUUUCGUGCCAGAAUGAAGGUGUUUGCAAGUUUUCGGAGCAGCUAUUGUUUCAAGAGAAUGGAGAGGACGGAUUCAUUGUUGAGUACUGGCAAUCCAUCAUGGAACGGUGCAUCUUCAGAGGCCUUCCUAUUUCCGAGUGCUUUCGACUCCAACAAGAAGAAGUGGCACCUUAUUGUGACUGCCCUCCCACCACAUUUGGAAAUACAUGUGAAAUCACUUGCGAUCUUGAUUGCCAAAAUGGUUCUACUUGUCAGUUCCACAACGCACAAAACCAGUUUUGCUCCUGUGAGACUGGCUUUGCCGGUGAUUUGUGCCAGUUCGAAUGUACAAUGGGCUGUGUCAACGGUGGGUGCAACGCUAACGCUACCGCUCAAUGGUGCCAGUGCUCACCCUUCUAUGACGGGGAUUUUUGUGAGACUGAACGAACUUGUGACAAGACUUGUUUUAACGAUGGAAAAUGUGAAUUCGACGAGGGAUUCCGAGUCUACAGUGAAAUGUACUACAAGACGUGCAUACAUCAAAGCUUUAGUAACUGCCCCGGACCCGAUGACAUCCAAAGAUGCGCCUGUGCCAAAGACUUUGUUGGAAGUGAGUGCAGUCAGCCGUGUCCGUGCCAAAACGAGGGUAGAUGUAUCACGAGGUAUUAUAGCCGCAAGCUGGAAGAUAUCGAAGGCGGCAACUAUUACAACAACGGCGACGACCAGCCGUACUUUGAAGAUAAUAUUGACGAUGAAUUCGGCGGUGACGGUGAGGACUACUACUGCCAAUGUCCCUUUGGUUACGGUGGUCGGGAUUGCCAACUCAAGAUGGGUUCAGAUAAUUGCGAUUUCAAUUGCGAGAAUGGGGGAUAUUGCCGAGACUACGCUUUCAACGACUGUGUCUGCCCUGAAGGGUUCACUGGAAGGUCUUGUGAGACCGAGAUUGAUGCAUGUAACAACCAGUGCAAAAAUGGUGGUGUUUGUACUACUGAUGCUAUCAGUACUCAAGGUCUUGGGAACCGAGCUCUGCAGGGUACCACGCCAACCUUUGCCCCGACUUCUGCCCCAAUAAUACCGCGACUAUUCUCUGGAUCUUGCUCUUGUCCAGAAGGCUAUUCCGGUGACUUUUGUGAACGCAAGGCUUGCGGAUCUGGUUACUGCAGUCACGGUGGAUCUUGUAUCGAGCUACCCUCAGGUCAAACAACUUCCGCUGGAGACAACUAUGUUUGCGAUUGCUCCACAUCGACCUUGGAGGAAACUGUCGGUAUUGGACGCAAUUGCGACGCUAUUGUGUACUCCACUUGCCCAAUACGCAGCAACGUGAAUCCAAAUGAAGCAUGGUCGUGCGCAGGCUACGGAAAAUGCUUCAAGGAAGGUCAAGAUUCAAUUCCUCAGUGCUCCUGCGACACGACUUUCACCGGGCCUAGAUGUGAAUUCGACAUCAACGAUCCCAAGGACGUGGCAUGGAGUGAAUGCAGUUUGGAGUGUUCUAACGGCGGUGUCUGUCUGAAGGGAGCCACCAAACCAAUUGCCGAUAUCUUUAUUCCAUUCACUGAAGGAACCAAGAAGUCUGGCCUCUUUGACUAUCAGACACGACCUGACUUUGAAUAUUGCUACUGUCCCGAUGGGUUCUUUGGUGUGCAGUGCGAUAAGCAAUAUGAUAUUUGUGGCAAUCGUGAGCACAUUUGCUUCCAUGGAUCGAAAUGUGAGAAUGAUGGCGGCGCAUGGGGUUGCGAUUGCAGAGGGACAGAAAGUGCGGGGCUAUAUUGUCAGUAUAAAGCAACUGACGAUUGCGGCGAUAGUAAUUUGGACACCUUCUGUACGAAUGAGGCAACUUGUACCUUCGACUUCAGCUCCGAUGCAUUGUGUACAUGUGUGGAAGGUUGGGAAGGUACCAAGUGCGAAACCGAAGUCAAACUGGCGGCUCCUUCAGGUGGUGAAGGUGAUUAUUCGAGUGCCCCCACUUUGGCUGGAACUUUGCUUUCUGUCUUGUCCGUUGCAUUGUUGAGCGCUAUCGCUUAG